GCAACAGCUACGACCACACACUCCUGCUACGACCACACACUCCUGCUACGACCACACACAACAGGGAAGAGUUGGCAGUGAUGAUGAGGGGGUUCCUGCCAUGUGUGACCCAACUCCUGGGUCUGCUCCUCCUCUUGCUGACCCCAGGGAGGGUUGAAGGGUCAUCAGGCUGUCCCUUGUCCUGCUCCUGUCAUGGUGGUCAGGUAGACUGCAGCAGCCGCACCCUCACCACCUCCUCUUUACCCUCCCACUUCCCUCCUGCCAGCAUCGAGCUCCGUCUCCACGACAACCAGCUGACCACACUCCCCAACGGCCUGCUGGACUCCCUUUCCUCCCUCCGCUCUGUCUCUCUCCAUGGCAACCCCUGGGCGUGUGAUUGCGGCGUGCUCUACCUGCGUUCCUGGCUGCUCAAACAGCCUGUCGACUACGUGGGACACAGUAAUGUCACCUGCAGUUCCCCUCCCUUCCUGCGGGGAAGGCUGGUAGUCUACCUGGCUGAGGAGGAGGUUUUGGAGUCCUGUCACUACUGGUACUGUGACCUGGCACUGGCCUCCCAGGUCUUUCUGUUUGUGUUUGUGGCGGUGCAGGUGGGGCUGCUGGGUGCCAUGGUCGUGUUCCUAAGGAGGUUUGAAAGGCUGUCCCGUGAGGCACGAAGGACCACAGAGGAGAGCUUUGCUGGGGGGGUAGGGGCUUAUGAGUAAUAGUGAGUAUGAGCCCCUGAAGGCCAGCAGCAUCUGAAGAGGGGAGGGAGGGGCCAGGUAGGCAAGGAGGGAGAAGAGGGAGAGGAAACAGCAAAAGGCAGAGUAGAGAGAGAACCUUAAAGGGGUCAAGCUGGUGAGCUUGAAAGGGGACUCACAGGACAAGAAACAUGGGCAAAUACAAGUGGUUAUGCAUUUAUUUUCUGAUUCUUUCAAUAUGUUUCAUUGCUUGCAUCACUCAAUAAAGCUGUUAAAAUAAUACAUCAAGCUUUGAAUACAUUGCAGAUAGAGAUAACAUUUAAUUUACAAUAAUACUGUAUUGUGUUAUCAUUUCUUAAAUGGGUGUAUUUUUAAAGGUUUGGGAUGUACAUUACCAGUCAAAAGUUUAGACACACCUACUACUCAAGGGUUAUUCUUUAUUUGUACUAUUUUAUACAUUGUAGAAUAAUAGUGAAGACAUGGGAUCUAUGAAAUAACACAUUUGGAAUCAUGUAGUAAGCAAAAAAGUGUUAAACAAAUACAAAUUUAUUUUAUAUUUGAUAUUGUUCAAAGUAGCCACCCUUUGCCUUAAUGGCAGCUUUCUUCACGUUUGGCAUUAUCUCAACCAGCUUCAGUUUUCUUUAUUCGACGGCUCGCCAUUAAAGCUAGUUAAAAGAGUAAAAUUAUGCUUUUUCAGCAUGAAUGGAGGAUGCUUUGUGUAGGACACAGUCCACGGACGACACAGAGUUGGUACUGUCUUUGGUAUUACUACUAGGCACAUCAACACUAGACGACAGUGCAGAUCUGGCGCCUGCUAUCGUCUGCCUAGGCUACUUUAGACCUAGGCUAUUCCAUACACUUCAACACAGCACAGUUUAGCACAUCAUCAUACACAUGUGUCAUAUUAGCUAUUGUACGUAUGUUUCAUCAAAUAAAAAUGCGUUAUUCACUGGAACGUUCAAAGAUAUUGUAAUACAUAAAUACAUAACCAUAGCGUUCUGAAAAAGAGGGCGGAACUUUCAUACCGAUCAUGUAUCAGUAUCGGAACAUAAUGUGUGACGGACCCAGGCUUAAUGUUGUAUACACGUGAGAUUCUGGAAAAGUUUCAACAGCGAGCUGGACGGCAUUUCGUCUUUAACGUUUAUGCGCCAUACAUUACCAUCAUUUCUACGUAUUGACACGAGCUCCUGUCUGUUACGUGCCGUAAGAUGGGGCGACUGAGGAAGAGGCACAACUGGAAGGGACGGGAGCAGAACGAGACACAUCCACCUCCAGAGGCCAAGGAGGAGGGGAAGACUGUUGUAGUGGAACUCAAAGACGGGGCCAACCUAAAGGGUGUGGAUGAGAGCAAUGCCCUGGUCCUCCCAGCCACCAAACCCAAGAAGAAGAGGGGCAUUGAGAAGGCCCUUACUAAGAAACAGCCCCUUACCAAGAAACAGAGGAAACAUCUACAAAAAGUCCUGGAGGUCAAAGAGAAGAAAGCUAAGAGAGUAGACAUCCUGGCCAAACUGGCCGAAGUGCAGCUGCCUGACUCUGAACUGAAGCUGCUCUACACCACCUCCAAAUUGGGCACAGGAGACAAGCAGUACCAGACCAAACAGACUCCUGAUGAGGUAGAUGAUGGAGCCUCAGGGCCCAGGAUCAGCAGCCUGAGUGGAGCCAACAGGAAGAGGAAUCGAAGAGCACGAGAGGAAGAGAAGGCAGAAGAGGAGAGUAGUGAUUUGGACUCAUCUGAUGAAGAGAUGGAUGAUGGCAGGAUGGGGUAUAGAAGGGUGGAGGCCACUCCUGCCUCCUGUCAGGAGAAAGAGGUGGAAGAGAUGGAGAAGAAAGAAGAUAAAAAGGAGACGAGCGAGGAGUCAGGCCCUGCUCUGGCCUCCAGUAAAAAAACAUCCGAGCCAGCAAUCUUCAUCUCCGUGGACAGACUGCCAGAGAUACAGGAUUCCCGUCUGAGGCUGCCAGUGCUGGCUGAGGAGCAAGUAAUCAUGGAGGCAGUGAGAGAGAACAGUUUUGUGGUUCUCUGUGGAGAGACGGGAAGUGGUAAAACCACCCAGGUACCCCAGUUCUUGUACGAGGCUGGAUAUGCCAGUGGCACUGGAAUCAUUGGUGUGACAGAGCCUAGGAGAGUGGCAGCUGUCAGUAUGUCCCACAGAGUGGCCAAAGAGAUGAACCUGUCUACACGGGUGGUGUCGUACCAGAUCCGUUAUGAGGGGAAUGUGACCAGUGACACCAAGAUCAAGUUCAUGACAGACGGAGUCCUGCUGAAGGAGAUUCAGAAGGACUUCCUGCUCCAAAGGUACAGCGUGAUCAUCAUAGAUGAGGCCCAUGAGAGGAGUGUGUACACAGACAUCCUGAUUGGCCUGCUGUCACGCAUCGUACCACUCAGAAACAAGAAAGGCCUCCCCAUGAAGCUGAUAGUGAUGUCAGCUACUCUGCGUGUGGAGGACUUCACAGAAAACAGGAAGCUGUUUCCUACUCCUCCUCCCGUCAUCAAGGUGGAGGCCCGUCAGUUCCCUGUAAGCGUCCACUUUAACAAACGGACUCCUCUGGAGGACUACACUGGAGAGGUGUUCCAGAAGACGUGUAAGAUCCACCGCAUGCUGCCCCCUGGGGGUAUCCUGGUGUUCCUGACUGGUCAGGCUGAGGUCCACUCUGUCUGCAGGAGACUGAGGAGGGCCUUCCCUUUCAGGAGGGGCAAUACAGCUACUGGUGAGGGAGAGGAGGCAGCAACAGACUCCUCAGAUGAGAUGAAGAAGUUUAAGAAAGCCAAACAUAAGAGAACUGUGUCCCUGCCCCGUAUUGACCUGGAUAACUACUCAGCGUUGCCGGUGGAUGAGGGGGACGAGGACCGUCUGGCGGGGAUAGAUGAUGAGGGGUCAGACUUAGAACUAGGAGACGACGCUGCAGACACAGAGGAGAAGGCGGACCCGUCCCUCCCUCUUUAUGUCCUCCCCCUCUACUCUCUCCUGGCUCCAGAGCAGCAGGCCAAGGUGUUCCGGCCCCCUCCUCAUGGUGCACGUCUGUGUGUUGUGGCUACCAACGUAGCAGAAACCUCUCUAACCAUCCCGGGGAUAAAGUAUGUGGUCGACUGUGGUCGGGUCAAGAAGCGCUUCUACGACCGCGUCACGGGGGUCUCCUCCUUCAAGGUCUCCUGGACCUCACAGGCCUCAGCCAAUCAGAGGGCAGGCCGGUCAGGCCGUACCGAACCUGGACACUGCUAUAGGCUGUACUCAUCAGCAGUGUUUGGAGACUUCAGUCUGUUCUCAGAGGCAGAGAUCACCCGCAGGCCAGUUGAGGACCUGGUACUACAGAUGAAGGACCUUAACAUAGACAAGGUGGUCAACUUCCCAUUCCCCACAACUCCCUCAGCUGAGGCGCUGGUGGCAGCAGAACAGUUACUGGUUUCACUGGGAGCACUAGAGGAGCCGCCACGCACCGGCCGGGUUAAGGAGAUGGAGCGAGCGCGUCUGAGCUGUCCCAUCAGCCCCUUGGGCAGGGCAAUGGCGUCGUUCCCCGUGUCACCACGCUACGCUAAGAUGCUGGCGCUAGGGAAGCAGCAGGACUGUCUGCCUUACGUCAUCGCUGUGGUGGCCGCCAUGACGGUCCGGGAGAUCUUUGAGGAUCUGGACAGACCUGCUGGUAGUGAGGAUGAGAGCUCCAAGCUGGCCCAACGUCGAGCCCGGCUGGCCCAGAUGAGGAGGCUAUGGGCUGGGCAGGGAGCCUCUCUACUGCUGGGGGACCUCAUGGUCCUGUUGGGUGCUGUGGGUGCGUGUGAGUUUGCUGGCUGCACUCUUAAAUUCUGUGAGGAGAAUGGACUGCGGUAUAAAGCCAUGCUGGAGAUCAGACGACUUAGAGGACAGCUCACCAACGCAGUGAACUCAGUGUGUCCAGAGGUGGGUGUGUUUGUGGACUGUAAGAUGGCUCCACCUACUGAGAGCCAGGUGGUGUGUUUACGUCAGAUAGUGCUGGCGGGACUGGGAGACCACCUCGCCAGACGGGUACAGCAAGAGGAACUUCUAGACCCAAAAUGGAGGAAUGGAUACAAGACCCCACUCCUGGAUGAGCCAGUCUACAUCCACCCCUCCUCAGCCCUGUUUAAAACGCUACCUCAGUUUGUGGUCUAUCAGGAGGUCUUGGAGACCACCAAGAUGUACAUGAGAGGUGUGUCAGCGGUAGAACCAGAGUGGGUUCCCCAGCUCCUCACCCAGUACUGCCAUUUUGGAUCUCCUCUGGAGACCCCGUCGCCAUGGCUCUGUGCCUCUACAGGCAGGGUCAAAUGUCACUCUACCAGCACCUUUUUCCGAUGUGGCUGGCAGCUUCCUGCUAUAGAGAUGGAUUACCCAGAAGGCCUGGAACGAUACAAACUGUUUGCCAAGUUUCUUCUGGAAGGACAGGUCUGCCCUAAAUUGAAGCAGCACAGCAGUUAUCUUCUCUCAAACCCUUCCAUCAUGAUGAAGACCUGGGCAAAACUCCAGCCCAGGACUGAGGCUCUGCUGGGAGCUUUAGUGUCAGAGAGAGUGGACUGCAGAGACGUACUGCUCUCAUCCUGGAAGAACCACAACAAAUUCCUCUUGACUGCGUACUGCCAGUGGAUCCCUGAAGCUAAGCACCAAGACGUGGCCAAGAGCUGGCCUCCCAUCUGACACAGAGGACACUGAUACCAGCUUUGCAGCCUGCCAAACCAGCCAUACCAACACAGUGCCAUCAACACAACCCCAUUACCCAUACCAGGGAGCCAGUUAUCCAUACCUCAGCCAGCCACACAACACACAGGACCUUUUGGCUGUUCUGUACAGAACUGUUCAGGGGAAGGGCCAUCUUUCACUUGGACCAUAUGUCCAUCUCUGGUUGUGCUUUGAUACAUUUUUAAGACUGCUUAUUUGUGCUAGUCUGAAACUGAUGAUUAGAAUGAGAUAUGAUCAAUGUUGGACAGAAUGAAAAUCCCAAAAUCUAUUUGAAGAUGAAGUCUUAAUCUUACCACGCAGUUGACACCCAAAAUAAAUACGAAGGCUUUUUUUUCUGUUUUAA